AUGUUUGACGACGAGGAUUUUGGUUUCUCUAAUAAACACUUCAAGCUUACGUCGGACUGUGUUUAUGAGGAAGAGAAUGGGGAAGACUUUGAUCAAGCUCAAGGUUACGACCCUCACCAAGACCUAGAAACCAGAGAGCACGAGGAAGUGAUAUCCUCUACAGUCAGUGACAUAAAUGCCGGCCAGCAACAGCAGCAUCAAGAAACCGAUGCGCCACAACAAGAACAGUCAUCGCAACCACAAACACCUCAACGAAAAAAACCGGGUCGAAAACCAAAUCCAGCUUCGCCUGCUCUUAGAAAAGCACAAAAUCGUGCGGCUCAACGAGCUUUUCGAGAAAGAAAAGAACGACAUUUGCGCGAAUUAGAGGACACCAUCAAAACUCUUCGUCAAAAUGAGUACGAGGCUGCUGUCAAGCAUCAAAAAGAAAUUGGUACUUAUCGUGUGAUGAUUGAAAAUCUGAAGAAUGAAAAUGGCUAUUGGAAAGGAUUAGCAUUGGCAUUCGAAACCAUAUUAAAUGAUAUUAACGGGAAUUCAGAAAUCACGUCAAAAAUUAAAACCACAUCUGCGUCACCUUCUCGUCGUUCAGCAUCACAAUUAUCGCAGCUAGUACAACCGCAAGCUGAUGUGCUGCAGGCUAUUAAUGCGGUUCUUGCAUUAAAUUCUGAUCGAGAAGAUUCCUUUGAUGUUGCUUCAAAGAGUUUUCUUCCAUCACCAACAAAUAGUUCAACUGUUAUGUCACCUCAAAGCACCCCGGUCACCCCAUCGACCACUGUUGGAUCACCACCGAAUAAUUUUUCUCUUAACGAGGAUUUAGCAAAUGACUUGAGUGAAGUAAAACCAGUGUUAAUUGAUACAAGUGAUGGAAACAGCAAUAUUGAUACCACAACCAUUGAUCAAUUACAUGAAUCGAAACCAUUAAUUACCAAUCACAAUGGGAUCACUAAUAAUAAUACGACUAUUCAUACUUCUAAUAACGAAUCCACUUCAACUUAUCUUGAUUAUUCAAAUUUAUUCUUUGAUUCGUAUCUUUCAGAUUAUUCGAUUCUUCAAUCACAAGAACAACAGCAAUCUCCGGUGCAAUUACAGAUUCAACCACAAUUAACUGGCGAGGAGAUGCAACAAUUAAUUGCUUUGGCACGAUUGGUUCGUGCCCCCAGUUUCGCUGAUGUUAAUCCGAAAUUACACUUUCAGUUGACACAACAACAGUUAUUCUACCUUCAACAACCACAUGAUCCCAGGAUUGGCAUGAUACCAUGCCUGCAUCUGAGAGCGCGUAUGAUUGAACAUCGCGACAAAUAUGAUCUCACAAAGCUGUGCGAUCUUCUAAUAAGGAAAGCAAAAUGUCACGGCGACACAAUGGAUCCUGAUGCGUGGGAAAUGCCUGAAGAAUUCUUUGAAGAAUAUAGAUUCCUCUCAUUCAAUUAUUGUCGAUUAAAGAGUAAUUUUUAUCGUGAACAUGGAAAUGCCUCGAAGAUCGACUUGACAAAUUACAUGAAAACGGCAGGAUCAUCAAAUCUAUACUUGGUAUCUUGA